GCAGGUGUCAGUGGUCUAUACUGUAGUGUGGUGGUGUGGCUGUCGUAGGGGAAUACAAGAAACUAUAGUGUGUCCACAGGAACGACAAAAUGUCCCACAGGAAUCAGCUUGGCUUCCUCAAGUUUGUCCUUCACGGGUUGGUGCUUUUCAAAGUUGUCCCUCUGACAAUUACCCCGAAAGUCGUCCCCUUCAGAGUGGUGCUCCUGAGGGCUCUGUUGCCGCGUGGGUUGCUGUUACUGUUGCUGCAGUGGACGCUGUUGUUAAUGUUACUGCAGGGUGUGCUGCUAGAAACUGUUGGAGGGGAAGAGAUCGAAGGGCGCGUCAUCCCGCCCGCUUGGGAGCACCUCUAUCACCAGGAUGUAGAGGGGGACCUGGUAGUGAGGGAAUAUCUGCUGCUGGAAGUUCAUCCUCGCACAGCCCUUCUCUGUCCCCAGGGCUUAGCAAUUGUUAAGCUGAGGAUGUUGAUCAAGACGGGUCAGGACAUCAUCGAGGCAAACCCAGAGGCGGCGCUGGAUGUUCCCUAUGCCCACUGGCUCGUGAAGCCUGACGAUGGUGUGGUCAGCGACGAGGUGAAGGGCUCCAGCAAGUGCCCAACCCUUCAGGAGUGUCUCGGGUACCAGGCCUGUCUCUUUAACUUUGGCAUCGAGUUCUGUCACAUGGAUCCAGUACCAGGCCAACGGAAGAACCUGGAGGUGGUAUUGACCUGCAUGAGGGAGGGGUCAUUGCUGGCGGCUAUGAGAGACGUUAAGUACGACCAAGAAUACAUCCAGCAGAUCGAACGAAGGACGCACCUGGUAGUACACUUGACUUACACUUCGAGGUUGGAGGAGGGGGUGAAGGACUACAGCCUGACAGAGAUCUGGAGGAGGGAGGAGGCGGAGGAGGAGGUGUUCCAUGGGUCAUGUCAACGCCUGGAGGAUGCCACCGAGGCGGGAUACAGCGGUUACUGUCACCACCAACCUCCUGACCCUGUGGACGUUAGUGAGGUCCUGUGGUCUCUUCUGGGCAGGGUACCAUCAAAGGAGUGUCGUGAAGAGGUCCGCCAGAUCUACUGUUCCUUCCUCUACCACAACAAGGGUCUCUGUCUUCCUCCCUUCGUUGUCGACCCCGGCCAGGUAAGCGAUGUAGCGCCAGAGAAGAUACACCUCGCACACAACUCCUUCCCCCGUCCAGGACCAAGACCUGACCCGACCCUGCGUGUGGGAGUCCUCAGUGACCCACACCGAGUGCUCAUACCCGCACGUCUUGGGUUUGUUAUCCUGGCUCACAAGGAUCCCCCUGCUGUGAUGCAGCUGCUGGGUCUGGUGUACCGUCCUCAGCACCAGUACGUGAUCCAUGUUGAUGCUCGCCAAGGGGAGACCCGCGCUGCACUCACGUCCCUCCUUACCAAACUGAUGCCUGGGGCGACUAAUGUUAGGAUACUUCCCCUGUCGCGAUCCUUCGUGGCCUCGUGGGGAUCCUUCAACAUCGUGCGAGCAGAGUUGGAGUCAUUCGAAGAGUUGCUGAGGAUGGGUGUAUGGGACUUUGGGGUUAAGCUGAGUGGUGCUGACCUGCCCCUAAGGGACGUGGAUGACCUUAGUGCUACCCUGGCGGCCUACAGGGGGUUCAACUUCGUCCCAUUGUUUGGUCAGAGAAACAAUGAUAUGAAUGCUGACCAGGGCCUUGUGUUGGACGUUUGGCACGGUUGUGAGGGCUAUGUCUACAAUGUGACCAGGGGUGGUGGUCAGCCAUACCCAGAGGAGAUACCUAUCUAUACUGGGUCACAGUGGGCCAUCAUGAGCCGGGAGCUGGUGGAGUAUGUGGUGACCCCAAGCCUGCGCAGCGACCGAGUCAACCGCUGGCACUACCACCUGCAGACUUCUAUUAUCCCUGACGAGUCCUACUUCCCCACCCUUACCAUGAAUUCCCCCUAUGUGAACCAGUCUCUCCCUCUGGGCUUUCACUUCUUGAGAAAGUUUGAAGGGCGGAACACUAUCAACCUCUGCCGGCACAUGGAGGACACCGACUUCUGCGGUCAGGGCCCAGGACCUAUAGAGGAGGAGGACCUGAAAGAGAUGUUGGAGUCGUCACACCGGUACUUCUUCGCCAGGAAGUUCCACACCCACACCACCGCUCACCCCAUCAGGAUCAUGGUAGCAGAACAAGUGAGGACCAACUAUUAUCUAAACCUGAAGAAGUACCUGCCGCGGGCCCUCCUUCAUCAGUUGGCUCUCUUGGCCUUCCCUCACCUGAAGCAGCAGCUGGCCAAUCAUCCCAGUUUGGCUCACCUCACUGUCACUCCUGGAGACCUCAUUACGUUCAAGGUGUUACCGAGGCUACACCUGGUCAACCCUUGCUGUUCUCUUCCCUUUGAUAGGUCCUUCAAGAGUACACAGGAAUUCGUAUUUUGGCUCGAUUUUACCAUUAACGACGAGGGAGGGUCGCCAGUAGGAGGAGCGCGGGCGUUGGUGAGUCAGAGGCCAAUGUGUGACUGUUACCCUGAUGGUCACCUGAGAGCCCUGAGGGUCACCACCUGGCCUGAGGACCCUAACACUCCUAAACGUAUCCUCUCUGAUGGAAGCAAGUCAGCCCUCACCACCAAUGUGCCCCUGCCCUACGCGAUGCCCGGGGCUGACACGGUCUACGUUGAGCUGUGGUUCCAUGUCGGGCAGAGGAGCAUCAGUCAAGACUGCCGCAGCAGGAUCAGGCCACCCGGCACCCCUAUGGAGUUCCCUAACAUGGAGAUGGAGGAGGUGACGGCAGAUGACCUCCAUGUCGUGGUGCAACUGAUAGACCCCCAGGGCAAUGUGAGGUGUGAGGAAAGGAAGACAGAUCACUGGGACAAGAGUCACGUCCACCCUAACAGGGACUUUGAGAGGGUUGAGAUGCCUUCCUUCUUCACCCUCUCCUGCGGCGUCAUGGAGACCGGGCCCUGGACCCUGCGUGUGUACCAGGACGGGGUGAAGGGGGCACGUCACUACGAGAUGCCAGUGGUAGUGUUGCCGGGGCCCCAUGACCUGCCUCUAGACCCCCGCCAGCAGGAGCAGGUCGACCUACUGCAGGGGCUGUGGACCGUAGAACAGGUGAUGCUCCUCCCCGCCACCGACUAUUACGGAGACUUACCAAAACUGCCCAAGAGAGAGACAGCGCCUCCCCUCCACCACCCACACAACACGAAUAAAGAAAAUGUGAAUAUAGCUGAUGAUUUGAGACCUAGGGAGGAGGAAGAGAAGAAGGAAAAACAGAAGAUGAAUGUGAAAGAGGGAUGGGAAAGAGAUGAGGACGAGGAUAAGGCCCACAUCAAGGAUAUCUUCUAUCUCUCCAGGCAGCGUCGGUCAGCAGCGGAGAUGAUACAGCUUGGCCUCCACCAUUUCGACCCAACCCUCAGAUAUCAGAGCACUUGUUCACCGCUUUUGAGGAUGAAGGAGGCGAAGGAGGAGGCAGAUAAGACACAGGAAAGAAGACAGGAGGCAGGAGGAGGAGGAAAAGAAGAGGCAGGAGGAUGCUAAGAUUGAAUGAGGCGGAAGACAAGGAGGGAAUAUGACAAAAGCUACAAGGACGACCCGAUUCACUUUUUUUUUUAAUUUUCACCACUUAUCAGCUUACUAGCCAUUCGGGUAGUUGGUUUAUCCAGUGUAGUACAGAAUGAAACCGGAGACCAGAGUCCGGGAAAUCUGUGAUGUUUAGUAGUAAGGGCCACAUUGGCUAACACCCUUCUCAUAUUGUGUGUCUGGGCCAAGUGAAUACUUAUUGGGAGUGAGAGAGCGGGAAAGAGACAGCAAGAGGAACAGAGAGAGUGAAACAACAUGCAUACCGUAAACAGAAUAAAAUCCCACUGAGAAAUCAAUAAAAAUAAAUGAGUCGAUCUUUUGUGACUCGAAUUUCUCAGAUACUAUUCACAUUGCUUACAAAUUCAGAUAAUCAUAAAGUAUCGUUCACAAAUUAAAUCGAACGAAACAUUCUGUCAUUGAGUGAUUGAAUAUAAAUGAAUAAAAAGCUGAUCAAGACAAGCCCACACACCAAGCUGGAACAAAACACGUAAAAAAGCUUACUAGACGUGAAUAAAAGUCAACCGUGUGAAACGACUCGACAUAUAAUGGUCAUAUCAAGAUGUAUACAUACUGUAACCCAGGUAUAGGUAGUGACUUUAUAGGUCCUCCUGAUUUAGAGCUAAUUAUUUUCAGUUGGCUAUAAGCAAUUACGUAAUAUGAAAUUUUUUUGACUGUUAAGUUAAUAUCAAGCCUACAGGCGAAAAGUUUACUCUUAUCGUUAAGUAUGAAUGUACGUAUAUUAUGUAUACUUGUUUGUCUAUGUAUGAUUGUAUUUAUGUAAGUAAAAUAUUUAUAGUCAUGUAUUAUAUGUAUACUGAUUAAUAUACGGUA